AUGCCACCACCGACGGCGAACGAUCCAUGGCUCAGCGGAAGGCACUUCGGAAUCGUCAUAGACGCUGGUUCGUCUGGGUCAAGACUGCAGAUCUACAGCUGGAAAGACCCGCGGACGAUUCAUGUACCCAAAGGCAGUGAAUUGGCGCGUUCGCUGCCUAAAGUCGAGAAAGGUACAAAGGGAGAAGAGGAUUGGGUUAAGAAGGUUGAACCUGGCCUUUCGUCCCUAGCCGACUCCCCGCAGGAUGUAGGGGCGUACCUCCAACCCCUCCUGCACCACGCUCUCGACCAAAUCCCUCCCUCGUUGCACGCUCAAACGCCCAUCUUCCUCCUUGCCACGGCAGGCAUGCGUCUCCUCCCACCUAAAAAGCAGGCUCAGAUCCUCCAAGAGACGUGUCGCUUCUUUCUGCAAAACUCGAAUUUCAAGGUUGGCUCGCCUAAUGCGGUUGGACCAUGUGGGUCGAGUGUGAGGAUAAUUACAGGGGAGGAGGAAGGAUUGUUUGGGUGGAUUGCGAUUAAUUACUUGAUGGACGGUUUCAAGGUCGCGGAUAACAAAGGUAUUGGGAGGGUGGAGGGAGAGAGGACGACGUAUGGCUUCCUGGACAUGGGAGGCGCGUCGACGCAGAUCGCGUUCGAGCCUGCCGCCGAACACAGGAACGGGGGGAACCACCUCAUCGAUGUCCGCCUGCGCUUAAUGGGAGGCGAAGAAAUCCACCACAAGGUCUUCGUCACGACUUGGCUGGGCUACGGCACGAACCAGGCCCGCGAACGGUACGUCGGGAAGGCGAUCACCGACUACGAGGCUGGGCGGAUGGCCGACGACGAGGAUGUGCUUCAGUUUGAAGAGGCGAAUGAGGAUGGGGAGGAUGAUGAUGUCGUGCCGGACCCGUGUUUACCCAAGAAUCUGGAACUCGUCGAGUCGCCUGUGCACACUAAACCGGUCUCGCCGCAUUCGAGGGUGUCCCAUAAACUACGGGGGACGGGGUCUUUUGAAAAAUGUCUACGCGCGACUGCUCCGUUGUUAAACAAGCAGAAGCCGUGUCACCAUCAGCAUUGUCUCAUGAACGGCGUCUCGGUCCCACCUAUCGACUUUUCGGUAUCCAGGUUUAUUGGGGUAUCGGAGUAUUGGUAUUCUUCUGAACAUAUUUUUGGACUUGGGGGAGCCUACAACUUUGUGCAGUAUGAACGUGCGGCGUCAGAGUUUUGCUCGAAGGAUUGGAAGGAGUUGGUUAGGAUGCAUGAGGAGAGUCGGAGGAAGCAGAGGUUGGGAGGGGAUGGGGAAGUGGUGGGGGAGGGUGGCGAAGUGGUGGGCAUUGGCAAGUGGGGUCCGCAAGUGGAGAUUCCGAGGUUGCAGAUGCAGUGCUUCAAGGCUGCGUGGAUAACGAAUGUCCUCCAUGAGGGACUGGGUUUGCCAAGGAUAGUGGACCCAGGGGGAAACAAGACGACGGGAGGGAAGGAAGUGGAAGAGGAGGCGGCGAAGAAGGGUCUUGGGAGGCCGGCGUUUCAGUCCAUGGAUACCGUCGGGGAUUUGGCAAUUUCCUGGACGCUUGGGAAGAUGGUGUUGGAAGCUAGCAAGGAGGUUCCGCCGCUGAACAAGAUGGCAAGGCCGUUGGUGGACCCAAUCGAUGACAUCGAGGAUUUGGCCAAUUCGCCUAUUCAGCCUAUUCGACCACCUUUUUUGUCCAUUGCUGGACUCGAAGAUCGGAUAAAUCCUCACCUGCCCGCUUCGCUCACGAAAGAGAACCUUGGGUUCUCACCUGUCCUCGUAUUCGUCUACCUUCUCAUGCUCUUUGCCCUCUUCAUCAUCUGCUUCCCCCUACGGCGACAACUCCGAUCGUUCUUCCUUCGCUCCAUGCACAAUGUUGCCAAACGGGAUGCCUAUGCAGAUCUCAUGGAGGAAGGUCGGGUGAAUGGUUCACGACCCUCGUCACCAACGCCUUGGACUAACAAGUUACCCACACCCAUCCGCCGCUACUUCCCUUCAAACCGAUCUCCCUACCGACCUCUUACACUCAAGCCCGUGACUACUGGUCAAAACAGACCCCUCCGAAUCCCCUCUGGACCCUCCUCGUCCGGCUCCUCACGGCCACGACCACCCAUAACACCUACCCGGUCCUUCUCGACGCCACCACAAUACCUCCCACCAUCCAUCUCAGUGUCAGCUAGUACGGCGACGCAGUUCGCGCAUUCCCGCUCACCUUCACCUGCACCGAGUACGUUCAUGUUGGACGACGAGGCUGCAGCCUCCUUGGUAUCGUCUCGGUCGAGGAACGCGUCUACGAUGAGUCUGACCAGUUUGGCGCCGAGACCUGCGGCGAUGUCCAGGAUGAACAGUUCGCAUUCGGUGCACAAGUAUCACGAAGGAUGA